AGCAGUCAUGUAACAGCUCUUUUUUUAUGUGCAAAAGUGGCAAGUGUAUUCCUCAAAGUGAUGUUUGUGAUAACAAAGAAGAUUGUAGUGAUGGAUCUGAUGAGAAAAGCUGCCACAUUAAUGAAUGCCUCAGCAAGAAAGUUAGCGGCUGUUCUCAAGAUUGUCAGGAUCUUCCUGUUGGAUACAAGUGCAAGUGCUGGCCUGGAUUCCGGCUGAAGGAUGAUGGCAAAACAUGUAUAGAUAUUGAUGAAUGUUCCUCUGGAUUUCCCUGUAGCCAGCAAUGUAUCAACACAUAUGGAACUUACAAAUGCCUGUGUGCAGAUGGGUAUGAAAUACAGCCUGAUAACCCAAAUGGCUGCAAAUCCCUUUCAGAUGAGGAGCCUUUCUUAAUUCUGGCUGAUCAUCAUGAAAUAAGAAAAAUUAGCACUGAUGGAUCCAACUACACUUUGUUGAAACAGGGGCUGAACAAUGUGAUUGCAAUAGACUUUGACUACAGAGAAGAGUUCAUCUAUUGGAUUGACUCCAGCAGACCAAACGGCAGCCGCAUAAACAGAAUGAGUUUAAACGGAAGUGACGUCAAGGUAGUCCACAAUACAGCUGUUCCCAAUGCACUGGCUGUUGAUUGGAUUGGGAAGAAUCUCUAUUGGUCUGAUACUGAAAAGAGAAUUAUUGAGGUGUCUAAACUCAAUGGCUUAUACCCUACCGUCCUUGUGAGCAAAAGGGUGAAGUUCCCUAGAGAUCUGUCCUUAGAUCCUCAAGCGGGAUACUUGUACUGGAUCGAUUGCUGUGAGUACCCUCACAUUGGCCGUGUUGGUAUGGAUGGCUCCAGUCAAACAGUUGUCAUAGAAACACAGAUAUCUAGACCUAUGGCUCUUACAAUCGAUUAUGUCAACCACAGACUGUAUUGGGCUGAUGAAAAUCAUAUUGAGUUUUCUGACAUGGAUGGAUCUCAUAGACAUAAAGUCCCUAAUCAAGAUAUUCCAGGGGUGAUUGCACUAACAUUGUUUGAAGACUACAUCUACUGGACAGACGGGAAAACCAAAUCUCUCAGCCGUGCCCACAAAACCUCUGGAUCAGACAGACUGUCGCUGAUUAACUCAUGGCAUACCAUAACAGACAUCCAGGUCUAUCAUUCCUAUAGGCAACCUGAUGUGUCUAAACACCUGUGUACGCUAAACAAUGGUGGUUGCAGCCAUUUAUGCCUUCUAGCCCCCAGCAAGAUGUAUACUUGUGCCUGUCCCACUAAUUUCUACCUUGCUGCGGAUAACAAGACCUGCUUAUCCAACUGCACAGCCAGUCAGUUCCGUUGCAAAACUGACAAAUGUAUUCCAUUUUGGUGGAAAUGCGACACUGUGGAUGACUGUGGAGAUGGCUCUGACGAGCCUGAGGACUCAGCUGAAUUCAGGUGUCAGCCAGGACGAUUUCAGUGUGGUACUGGACUUUGUGCUCUUCCAGCCUUUAUCUGUGAUGGAGAGAAUGAUUGUGGGGACAAUUCUGAUGAACUGAACUGUGACACACAUGUGUGCCUCUCAGGUCAGUUCAAGUGCACAAAGAAUCAGAAGUGUAUUCCUAUAAAUCUGAGAUGCAAUGGACAGGAUGAUUGUGGUGAUGAAGAAGAUGAAAGAGACUGCCCUGAAAACAGUUGUUCUCCAGACCAUUUCCAGUGUAAAACGACAAAACACUGCAUUUCUAAACUGUGGGUAUGUGAUGAAGACCCAGACUGUGCUGAUGGAUCAGAUGAAGCUAACUGUGAUAAAAAGACUUGUGGGCCUCAUGAAUUCCAGUGCAAAAACAACAACUGUAUUCCAGAUCAUUGGAGAUGUGACAGCCAAAAUGAUUGUGGUGAUAAUUCUGAUGAAGAAAACUGUAAGCCUCAGACAUGCACUUUGAAAGACUUUCUUUGUGCAAAUGGAGACUGUGUUUCAGCAAGAUUCUGGUGUGAUGGAGACUAUGACUGUGCAGAUGGCUCAGAUGAGAGGUAUUGUGACACAGGCUGCUCGAGAGAUCAGUUCCAGUGCUCCAAUGGUCAGUGCAUAUCAGCAAAGUGGAAAUGUGAUGGCCAUGAAGACUGCAAACUUGGGGAUGAUGAGAAAAACUGUGAACCAGCAUCUCCAACCUGCUCUUCAAGUGAGUACGUGUGUGCAAAUGGAGGCUGCAUUCCGGCGUCUUUGAAAUGUAACGGAGAGCUUGACUGUGCUGAUGAAUCUGAUGAGAUGGAUUGUGUAACAGAAUGUAAAGAAGAUCAGUUUCGAUGUAAAAACAAGGCCUACUGUAUCCCUGUCAGAUGGCUUUGUGAUGGGAUCCAUGACUGUGUGGAUGGUAGCGACGAAGAAAACUGUGACCAAGGGGGAAAUAUAUGUAGAGCUGAUGAGUUUUUGUGCAACAAUUCCCUUUGCAAGCUACAUUUUUGGGUUUGUGAUGGUGAAGAUGACUGUGGAGAUAACUCUGAUGAAGUUGCUGAAAUGUGUGUAAAGUUUCCAUGCCCUCCAACAAGGCCAUACAGAUGUAGAAACAACAGGGUUUGUCUGCGACCUGAGCAGAUUUGCAAUGAGGUUGAUGACUGUGGUGAUAACUCGGAUGAAGAUCACUGUGAUAAAAUGACAUUUAAAGCAAGACCGUGUAAAAAAGAUGAGUUUGCUUGUAAUGAUAAGAAAUGUAUUCCAAUGGAGCUGCAGUGCGAUUGGUUUGAUGACUGUGGAGAUGGUUCGGAUGAGCAAGACUGCAAAAUAAGUGUCGCUGAAUAUACAUGUGAAGAUAAUGUGAAUCCUUGUGGAGAUGAUGCAUACUGUAAUCAGACAAAAACAUCCCUACUGUGUCAGUGUAAACCUGGAUUUCAGAGAAACAAGAGGAAUAGGCAAUGUGAAGAUAUCAAUGAGUGUAUGGUAUUUGGUACCUGCUCCCAACACUGCAGUAAUAUUAAGGGAUCAUAUAAAUGUGCAUGCGAGAAAAAUUAUAAGGAGAGGAAUAACAGUUGCAUAGCAAAAGGCUCUGAAGAUCAAGUUCUCUAUGUUGCUAAUGACACUGACAUCCUGGGUUUUGCAUAUCCAUUCAACUACAGUGAUGUUCAUCAGCAAAUAUCACAUAUUGAACAUAAUUCAAGGAUAACUGGAAUGGAUGUGUAUUUUCAAGGGGACAUGAUUGUUUGGAGUACUCAGUUUAAUCCAGGAGGGAUUUUCUACAGAAAACUUCAUGACAGAGAGAGAAGACAAAGUAACAGUGGCUUGAUAUGUCCAGAAUUCAAAAGACCUAGGGGCAUUGCUGUUGACUGGGUUGCUGGAAAUAUUUACUGGACUGAUCAUUCCAGAAUGCAUUGGUUCAGCUACUAUACAACCCAUUGGACCAGUCUGAGAUACUCCAUCAAUGUAGGUCAGCUGAAGGGACCUAACUGUACAAGACUCCUUACCAGCAUGGCAGGAGAACCAUACGCAAUUGCUGUAAAUCCUAAAAAGGGGAUGAUGUACUGGACAGUUAUUGGGGAUCGCUCUCACAUAGAGGAAUCAUCUAUGGAUGGUACUCUGAGAAGGAUAUUGGUUCAAAAGAAUUUACAAAGACCUACAGGUCUCGUAGUUGAUCAGUUCAGUCAGCGUUUGUUCUGGGCUGAUUUUGAAUUGUCUGUCAUUGGCAGUGUUCUUUUUGAUGGUUCCAAUUCAGUUGUGUCUGUGAGCACUAAACAAGGUUUACUCCAUCCACAUAGAAUUGACAUUUUUGAGGAUUACAUUUAUGGAGCAGGUCCUAAAAAUGGUGCAUUUAGAGUACACAAAUUUGGCAGGAGCCUUGUAGAAUAUCUAAGUGUCGAUGUUGAUAAAGCAAAAAGUGCCUUGAUUUUUCACCGCUACAAACAAAUGGACUUACCUAAUCCAUGCUUGGACCUGACGUGUGAAUUCAUUUGCUUACUUAACCCUUCUGGAGCAACGUGUGCUUGUCCAGAAGGGAAAUCAUUGGUGAAUGGAACAUGCAUUGAUCAGAGCCUCUUGGAUGAUUCCUGUAAAUUAACCUGUGAAAAUGGAGGGAAGUGCAUUAUAAAUGAGAAGGGAGAUCCUCGAUGUCACUGCUGGCCAAGUUACUCCGGGGAAAGGUGUGAAACCAACCAUUGCUACAACUACUGCCAGAAUGGAGGAACCUGUGGAGCCUCUCUCCUCGGGAGGCCUACCUGCAACUGUGCGCUGGGGUUCACCGGCCCAAACUGCAAUCAGACGGUCUGCCAUCGAUUUUGCCAGAACGGAGGAACCUGCAGUGUCACGGCUGGGAAUCAACCCUUUUGCAGCUGCUUGCCUGAGUAUACAGGAGACAGAUGUCAGUACUAUGUUUGCCACCAUUACUGUGUGAAUUCUGAAUCAUGUACCAUUGCUGAUGACGGAAGUGUCGAAUGUGUCUGUCCAGUGCGAUUUGAAGGUCCAAAAUGCGAAGUGGACAAGUGCGUCAGAUGUCAUGGGGGACACUGCAUAAUAAACAAGGACACUAAUGACAUAGUAUGCAAUUGCACUAAUGGAAAGAUUGCCUCUACCUGUCAGUUAUGUGAUGGCUACUGUUACAAUGGUGGUACAUGUCAACUGGACCCAGAGACAAAUAUACCUGUCUGUCU